AUGCUUGGCGAUCCGCUUAGUGCGUUCGGCAGCGUGAUCGGCAUGAACCGUGAAGUCGAUGCAGCAACGGCCGAGUACCUUUCGACGCCAGGAUUGUUCGUCGAAGCGAUCGCCGCCCCAAGCUUCAGCAGCGAAGCGGUUGAGAUCCUUACCACGAAGCCGAAGUGGAAGAGCAACGUUCGCUUGAUGGCAGUCGGGGCCUUGGAAGGCAGUCGUCCUGAACUUCAGUCGCGUUGGAUCGAAGGUGGCUUGCUCGUUCAAAACACUGACUUCACCCAAGACGACCCCAGCACCUGGCAGUUGGUUACCGAGACCGAAGUCGACGAAGCGACCAAGCAAGAGCUGCUUUUUGCCUGGGAGAUUUGCCGCUUCGUGAAGUCGAACGCUAUUGUGCUGUGCAAGGAUCGCUCGUUGAUCGGAGCCGGGGCAGGGCAGAUGAGCCGCGUUGACUCGGUGCAGAUUUCGAUUGAGAAAGCAGGCGAGCGUGCUCCUGGGAGCGUGUUGGCCAGCGACGCGUUUUUCCCAUUCCCCGAUUCGAUUCAUUCGGCGGCCAAAGCAGGCGUGAAGGCGUUCAUCCAGCCAGGCGGAUCGAAGCGAGAUCAGGAAGUAAUCGACGCCUGCAACGAACAUAAGUUGCCGAUGCUGUUCACCGAAGUGUUCAUGAGCGAGCCAACGGUUCUCGACAAGAUUGUUGCCAAGAAGUGGGAAGAGAUUGCCGCGGCGAAGUCGCUUCGUCCCCUGGCGGAAGUCGAAGCUCGCCUGGCCGAUUCACCGGCCCCGCGUGAUUUCUUCGGAGCUCUCGCGGCGGAUGGUCCCGUGAAGCUGAUCGCCGAAGUGAAGAAAGCGAGUCCGUCCAAAGGGCUGAUUCGCCCUGACUUUCAUCCGGUGCAGAUCGCGAAAGAUUACGAAGCGGCCGGAGCGACGUGCAUUAGCUGUUUGACCGACGAGUCGUUCUUCCAAGGGCACUUAGACUUCUUGAUCGCCAUUCGCCAAGAGGUGGGACUGCCGGUGUUACGGAAGGACUUCGUGCUCGAUGCUUACCAGGUCGUCGAGGCUCGAGCCGCAGGGGCCGACGCGGUGUUGUUGAUUGCGGAAUGCCUCGACGACGAUUCGCUGAAGUCGCUGCACGAUCAGAUCUGCGAGCUCGGCAUGACGCCGCUGGUCGAGCUUUACGAAGAGUCGAACGUACCGCGGGUGCUCGACAUCGGUGCCAAGCUGGUCGGCGUCAACAAUCGCGACCUUCGCACGUUUGAAGUCGACUUGCAUCAUACGAUUCGCAUCGGCCAGCAGAUUCCGGAUGACCGAGUCUUAGUCGGCGAAAGUGGAAUUUUCACGCACGACGAUAUUCAGCUUCUGCAAAAGAACGACGUCGAUGCGGUCCUCGUCGGCGAAAGCUUGAUGCGGCAAGAUGACGUGCAAGCAGCUGUCGGCAAACUUUUGGGUGGUAGGUAG